GCUUGUCGCGCGGCGCGGUGUGCUGAGGUCAGCGGCGAGCGGGCGCCGUCAUAAAAGGAAGUGGCGGCGGCGGCCGUCGUUAGUGUGGGGAGACGUGGGGGUCUGCGUGGUGGUGGGCGGCGGCUGCGCCGUGCCAUGGCCCAGCAGCAGAUGAGCAGCUCGCAGAAGGCGCUGAUGCUGGAGCUGAAAUCGCUGCAGGAGGAGCCGGUGGAGGGCUUCCGUAUCACCCUGGUGGACGAGUCCGACCUCUACAACUGGGAGGUGGCGAUCUUCGGGCCCCCCAACACCCUCUACGAGGGUGGGUACUUCAAGGCUCACAUUAAAUUUCCUAUUGACUAUCCAUACUCGCCACCUACCUUCAGAUUCCUAACCAAAAUGUGGCACCCAAACAUUUAUGAGAAUGGAGAUGUAUGUAUUUCAAUUCUUCACCCACCUGUAGAUGACCCACAGAGUGGAGAGCUACCAUCUGAGAGGUGGAACCCUACCCAAAAUGUCAGGACUAUCUUACUGAGUGUAAUCUCUUUGCUUAAUGAGCCCAAUACAUUCUCUCCUGCCAAUGUGGAUGCAUCAGUCAUGUUCAGGAAAUGGAGGGACAGUAAAGGAAAAGACAAGGAGUAUGCUGAAAUCAUAAGGAAACAGGUUCUGGCUACCAAAGCUGAGGCAGAGAAGGAUGGUGUGAAGGUCCCCACUACGCUGGCAGAGUACUGCAUCAAAACUAAAGUGCCUUCCAAUGACAACAGUUCAGAUUUGCUUUAUGACGACUUGUAUGAUGACGACAUUGACGAUGAAGAUGAUGAUGAUGAGGAUGCCGACUGUUAUGAUGAUGAUGAUUCUGGCAAUGAGGAGUCGUGACCUGUUCCCUCUAUGCCCCUGUACUGCCCUGCUGACUCAGGCCAGAAGGGAGCAGCGGUAACCUAGCAGCAGCCCAGCAAAAAAGUGUGUGUGGGGGGUCAAAGACUUUUUUGUCUCCUGCUCUCUCCUGUUGUAUGGAUCUGUUUGCUCCUUUUUUAUGGACCUCUUAGAGACCCUCCAUGGAAUGUCUGAAUUCUUGCAUUCUUAACCCUUUCAUCACUGUAUUAUGAUUUCUUUUUUAAAAAGAAACUCCUCUUUUCACUUCUCUACAAAAUACAGCGAAACAGGUUAGCUCAUGUUUAGAUUCUUGAAUUAAAUACAGUCUUGCAUUGAGGUGUUUAAUGUACUUAAAGCUGGAACAAGCCCAUUGGAAGCUGGGUUUUCAGGAGGAGCUCAAGUGCUGCAUUUACUGGGAAGGAAAAAUAAAAUACUCACAAAGCAAAUUGCCAAGGUUUAGCUGCUCCAUUUACAAUAAUAGUAUGUGUAUAUUUGUUUAUCCUUGUGGUGGUAGCUUUUCCUUUUUAAGGUAUGGGGCAGAGUGUAAAGCUACUGUGUGUUGAGCUUGAUGGGAUGUUACUGAAAGGUACAGUAUUCCAUUUUGGCCUGCUCAAGUUAAGAAGUAGCUGGCCCCUGGAGCCCCAGAGGGCACAAUCAGCUUUGUCUCUGAAAAAGGCUUGUGAUAUGAACCCUAAAAUAAAUACUUAACACUUCUUCACAUCUGUACAACUGAGCCCUGGGUUGCUAUUUUUUCCAGACUAGGUUGGGGUUAUAAAAGUUAACUUUAGCUGUGCUGCUGAGAUUUGCUGCCCCUUUCCAGAGGGAGGAAAAGAGAUGUGCAUCCUGCUGCCCAGCAGGCCAGCAUUCAUCCUGAACUUAUUUUUUAACAGGGGGAGAGACAGCCUUCUGCCCCAGUGCUUGCUAGCAACCCUUGCUUCCUGCAGCCCAAGUCUAGUUGCUGGCCUGAGCUGCCUUCUUGUUGCUUAUGUAGGUCACGUGUUGGUAAAUGCAGCCCUGCUGCAGCUCUACAGUGUUGGCAGAAGUUGAAGCUGCCUUUGGUGCCUACCUGGGGGGGCCAGGCUGUUUCUGCCUGCAGUGGCUGCUGGGGCAUGGGGCAGAGUGGAUGCAUGUGUGCUGGCCUCUUCCCUACCUGGCUGGGGCAUGGGUGAGUGUGUGCAGCUCCACAGGUAAGGGGGCUGCAGUGCUUUCAGGCUGGAAGAGAAGGCCAAUGUUAGGGUUUGAUAGGCUAUUGAGCAGCAUGCUUCAGCCAGUGUACUGAGCCUGGCCUCCUGCAUAUUUUUGGGAGAUCUUGGUGGAGCUUAGGGCCAUCCCUUGCAUGCAGGGGUGAUUCUGCAUGCUCAUCUCUGCAGCACCCUCUUCCUUGGUCCCUCAGCACCCUCACCUAGUUGCAGUGUGCUGCUCUUGUUUGGCUGCGGUAGAGCAGCCUGAAUUCACCUUUCACAUGAUCCCUUGAUCAGCAGCCAGCUCUUCCCUCCUGUGCUGAGCUCUGGCACCCCCCCCAGGAACAGAUCUGAGGUGAUGACCCUGCUUGGGCAAGAUCUGCCAUACCUGGAGGUAGAGAGGCAGUUACCCUGAUAAGAGCUGUGGAUGUGGGUGUUUUUUAAUGCCUGCCUUUUGUAUAUCUCAGGGUUUUCAAUGAUAUGGCACCAGCUAUGGUCCAUCUAGUGGUGCUUUGGUGGGAGUAAACGGUGUUCUUUGAGCUGCCUCAUGCCCAUCCUGUUCCUUGCCCUAGAACAAACCCCCAAGCUGAGCAAAAAAAAGUGUGCUGCCUGGAAGGCAAGGGGGUGAAGACAGGCCUUGGCGUGGGGCUCUGAGGUAAGGAAGGCAGAUGAUGCAUUUUCAAAAUGUUGCUUGGCUGGGGUUUGCUGCAGCAGGGACAGCCCCCUGCUACUCUGCCUCAGGGUGGGCUAGUGCUGCAUCCCUUUGCCCCCUGCAGAGUAAAGGCAGCCCAAGUGGUGAGACCUUGUCCCACAGUAUGAGCAGUAAUAGUCUGCUCUCUUGCUUGCAUGUUACUGCCUGAACUGCUUCAGCUCAUCUUGCCAGCAAGGACUGACUCAGCCCCGGUGCUUUUUGGAGCUGGCAGUGGGACUCCCCUGCAUCUAGUGGUGUCCCAUCCAUCCCCCCCCCAGCAUCGCUUGCAGCACUGGUAUUGGCAAAGGGGCACCUGGCACUUCUGGCUGCAGGACUGGUCUUGGAGUUGCACCAGGACAGGGACCCCAAUCUCCAGCUUGGGGGGGGGGAGAGAAGCUGAUGGGGAGUGAAGGAGUGGAGUAUGGAGAGGCUGGCUGUGCUGAUGAUGUGGUUUGAAAUUAUACUGCAUCUUUCAGGCUUUCCCUUGUACUUUUCAUCAGCUGCACUCACUACUCUCCAGUGAGCUAUAGUUUCAAGCUUGGUGGUAUAGGAUGCAUUAUCAUGACUCAUCUGCUAGUUGUUUUUUUUUUUUAAAAAGCACCCUAUUUAGUCUGGGUUAAUGGAAUAGCACUUAAAUUUAUUUUCCCUAGUGUCCUGUGCAGUGUCAUUUCUUGUUGACUUGCUGGUUUCAUUUCUUGAGAGGCAACCUGAAGUGAGUAGCGUUUUGGGGUGUGUGGGUUUUUGCUCCUUUUUUUUUUUUAAAACUACAUAAAAAGUGCAGAAAAAUAUUUACUGGAGCUGUGCAUUCUGGGUUUUUUCUUAACCUUUUUUCUCCUGUCUCAGCCAAUAUUAGCAUUUACAUGUGCAACUACAUGCCCCUUGAACUGCAGUUUGCAACCAUUCUGAAACCAGCAGGGUACACUAGAUGUUUUAGUAGUUUUUCUUAGUUGAAAGCCCAGAUUUGUGGUGUGUUUUUAGUUUUUUUUUAAAAAGUAUAAUUUACUACUUACUAGAAACAGAUGCAUUUUUUUGUCUUCCCUUUCAGUAGUUAUUUUGUCUUUUCUGCACAUCUGUCUACUAAUAAAAAUGAACUGAAACUCCC